AUGGCUACGUACAUUCCCCAUACGCCGGAGUCCUUGCUUCAGAGAUCAGACUCGAAGAAUCCAGAUGCUACCUGUCGAGGUCUGACGACGAGUGGAACACCAUGUCGAAGAGCAAUUGCAAAGACACCACAAUCCUCGCCGAGUCCAAGUCCGCGGAGGAAGUCGAGUCCUGGGAGACCACCCCCGACUCCGGAAGCAUACUGCUGGCAGCACAAGAAUCAAGCAGGUGCUCAUCCUGGGGCUUCGCCACAAGGUGUCCAGUCUGCUACGAUAAAAGAGCGAACAAGCGUUGAUACACUGAUUGACAGGUUGGGAUUGUUGGAAGUGGCGGAACGGAAACAAGAGAAACGUCGAAAGCCAGUCCCGAAAUCUGAGAAUGAGAAACCAAAGAUUGAAAGUUCACGACCGGAGCGAACAAAGCCACGGCCACAACCUGCCAGUAACUUGGGUCUCUUUUGCUGUAUUGGGAUUGCAGACGAUGCUAAAAGAGCACCUCGACCUGCGACUCACAGACCUGGAAGACGGACAACAGCACCAAUACCACCCAAGGUUUUGAAAGUAUCCUCGAGUAUGCACCCAACGAGUCACCGACCUUCGAUACAUCGCGACCCCUCUUCCAGAACAGGAGAGUUUCUAUCUCUCAUACCGAAGUCAGCAUCCCCCCAAAUCACGUCACAACUUUUAGCAGAGCUGGCAAAACCAGUCUCGAAGCUGGACAAUGAGGGGUACAUAUAUAUGUUUUGGUUGACGCCAGAGUCACUUCCUACCACACCACCUGCAGAAUUAGCAUCCAAUCUUCUUGCGCCACCAUCUCGACCGAUACCAGGACAACGCAGGACAUCAGAUGCUCUCAAUGCCUUUUCCACGACCCUUCCUGGUUCUGCAAAUAAGAAGACCAUACUAUUGAAGAUUGGUCGCGCUCAAAACGUAUACCGCCGUCUAAACCAGUGGACUAAGCAAUGUGGCUACAAUCUCUCCCUUAUUCGAUACUAUCCGUAUCAAGCCACAACUCUCUCCAAUACAAACCUAGAUCAACUUCCUAGAACACCUAGGAAGGUUCCCAAUGCACACAAAGUGGAACGGUUAAUACAUAUUGAGUUGAAUGCACAGAGAGUCCUGGGAGAUGGGAAGUGUAAGGCUUGUGGAAGGGAACAUAGGGAAUGGUUUGAGGUAGAUGCUAGUCGAGAUGGAGUCAAGAGUGUUGAUGAGGUGAUUAGACGGUGGGUUGAAUGGGGAGAAAGAGAUGCUGGAAGGUAG